AUGGCCGAGCCACACUACCGCAAGAUCGAACUGCAGUCGCCCACUGAUUUCACCUAUCUCUACGCCAACACGAUCGCGCUCUCGCGCCAAAAACUAGACCUGCAUCUGCCCCCUUCAGCAACAAACAAUGACGCCCCCGAUCCAAUGCGCGAGCGCGUACGGGAACUGGUGGACGAGUACAUAACGCGGACCUUCACGAGCGCGUCCUCGUCGAUCAGCAUCAACGGGAUCGACUCGACGUCGCCGCAGUUCCCCUUCCCGGCCUCGUUCACUGCGCCCGAAACUGUCGAGUACGAGCCGUUCGACUCCGAGCUCGCAUCGCGCGUGUCCACGCUGUACGCACAGCUCGAAUCGCUCACCACAAGCGUGGCCCAGUUACGCCGGGAGACACCGCAGCGCGCUGCGCAGGAGUAUGCGGCUCGGCUGGAACAGGUUAUCAAGGAUGAGGUCGAUGACGACGAUGAGGAAGAAGGGGAAAGUGUGAAUGGACAUGACGACCGGGAGGGCAUGGACGAAACCAAAGACGAGAGCCAUGUAGGCUCAAGCAGCGAGCAGGGUGCGAAAGACGUUGAGAGCAUGGAGGUUGACACAGAACCCCAGGCGACGACCAAACAACGACCGGGGCGGACUCAACGCCGUCGCAAUCGUCUCGAUCCGGCGUGGACAUUGCAGGUCCCGCUUGGCACGAACGAAGAAACGGAGCGCUGGCGGAGUGGCGAUAUAGCCGAAGUAUACGAAAAUACCCUGCGCGCGCUUCAGCGGCUGCAGGGCGAAGGAGAUGUGGACACCGAGGCUGGAGCGGAGGGCAACGCACUGGCUACGACGAUGGGCAAGGCCGAGCGGGCUGGGCGUGCUGCGGAAGUAGUAGAAAACAUGUGA